AUGGUUCAGGGCACCCUGGGCCUCGUCCUGACGCUGCUGCUGAUCACCAGUGUCGAGCGUGUGGCCUCCGUGGCCCGGCCCCUGCAGGACGGUCUGGCCAUAGACUCGAAUCGGCACGACUGCGCUCCCCAUGAGGUAGAUGUUGGUCUCUGCCCGUCCUCUGUGGCACUCUGGACGGCGGACGAGAAUGCCCAGCCUAAUGAGCCUCCGCCCGGGGCCAAUGAGCUGAUAGGGUCGAUGUCAUCCUACAGCAGCCGGGACAUGUGCUCGGCGCCCGCGCGGGACUUUGACUACUCCCCGCUGUCCCUGCACUCUGUUGUGCUGACGGAUCUCGUGCCGGGGGCUCGCUACCGCUACAAGGUCAAGCACGGGUCGUCGGUGUUCUUCCGUGCCCCCUCCGCGCCCUCCCCCGACGCUGGCCUAAAGUUCAUCGCCUUUGGGGACAUGGGAGAGUCUGAGCACCGCGCUGCCAAGUCCCCUGGGGCGCAGUACACCGCAGACUGCCUCAAGGACGAGGUGGAGGCCGGCGCGGAGCUGAUCUACCACAUCGGUGACCUGGCGUAUGCCAACGGCCACAAGACGAUCUGGGACACGUUCAUGGACAGCAUCGAGCCCGUGGCCUCCCGCGUGCCCUACAUGGUGGGCAUCGGCAACCACGAGUACGACUGGGAGCACAAGAACUCGCACGAGCCCGACGCAUCGGGCGCGGACCUGCCGUACGCCCCCGACUGGGGCAACUUUGGCAACGACUCCGGCGGCGAGUGCGGCGUGGCCGCGGCCAAGCACUUCAUGAUGCCCUCCUUUGCCGAGCGCGGGUACUGGGCCCCCGGCGCAAACGCGGGCAACGCGAGCCUGGGCCCAGACGGGUGCCGCAACCCCACCCUGGACCGCGUGCGGGGUGCGGUGCCCUCGCCGGAUGCGGCGCCGGCGGCAGGGGCCGGCGCAGAUGCGGCGUGCGGCGCGGCCAACCACGGCGGCCUUGCGCCCAACCCUCCCUUCUGGUACUCCUUUGGCCAGGGCCCAGUGCACUUCCUGACCAUCUCCACGGAGCACGACCUCUCACCCCACUCCCAGCAGUACAAGUGGAUCAAGCGGGACCUGGCACGCGUGGACCGCUGCACCACGCCCUGGGUGGUGGUGGGCAUGCACCGGCCCAUGUACGUCGUCUUCCCUCACAAGUCCAACCGCAUCGUGGGCCAGCACCUCAGGGACCAUUUGGAGGAGCUGUUCAACCGCUACGAGGUGGAUGUGGUGGUGUCGGGGCACGUCCACUCCUACUCCAGCUCCUGCAAUGUGCUGGAUGAGACCUGCAUCCGACGCGAGGAGGGCGGCAUGAUGCACUUCAUCGUGGGCACUGCGGGCCACAAGCUGUCGCACAUCGGGCGCUCUCAGUACGACUGGGUUUCCAGCACCGAGGAGCGAUUCGGGUACCUGCGUGUGGAUGUCGAGCCGAGAGGCGGCAUGACGCUGCAGUUUGUCGGCUCGGAAGAUGGGCGUGUGUAUGACGAUGUCCGCCUGGAGCCAGACAGGGCCAGGCUGAGGGCGUGCCGCGCAGCAGAGGCUUGA